AUGACAGUGUUAGAGAGCCAUACCGAUUAUGAUGUGUACCUAGUGACAGCAAGAGUACAUGACUGUGAUGAAGAUUCUUUUAAAGAAAUUAGAGAAAGUGUAUCUAACCAAGAGAAAGAGUGUUGUGAUCCCUGUAGUACUGAAGCAAAUGAGUUGAGUGAGACUGGAAUUCCAUUAGUAGGGGAAAAUAAUGAAAGUAAGAGUGGCGAAUGCACUAUCCAACAAAGGGAAAGUAGAGAAAUGGAUUAUAAUUUGCGAGAAUUAUUUGAAUCCGAAGAAGGUCAUAUUUCUAAGGAGGAGGAAUUAUCGUCAGAAUCAUCAGAAAGCAUCCAGGGAGAAAAAGAAGUAGAGGAAGUUUCCGAUCCCGCAACCGAGAGUUCAGGCAUGACAGAUUCGAAUGAGAACGAGAUGACAUUAAAGAGCCUAGACGAAGGACUAUUGGAAAAAGCGGUGAAAGAAUUUAGGAUGAAAAGGAGAAAGAAACCUCCAGAUGGAAUGGAGCGGUGCGAGCGGGCGAGAGCGCAGCUGGCCGCCGCCGUGGACGGCCGCGUGGCCGAGCUGCGCCGCCUGCAGCGGGAGGCGGACCAGCGGCUCAGCGAGGCCCAGGGCGGCGCCGCGGGGGCGGCGGGGGAGCUGCGGGGGCGGCUGCAGGGCGCCGCGGCGCGCCUCGCCGACGCCUUCCGGGGGCUGCAGCUGCGCCACGACAAGGUGGACGCUUUCUUGACGUUGCACGGAGAGGCGGCGAACCUGGUGGAAGAAGCGUCCAGCUGGAGCGGCGGGCAGCUGGCCUUCAACGCGCAGACCCUGGAGCUCAGUAUACGCGAGGAGGCGGCCGGCAGCCAGACCCCGCCCGAGGGGAGCGGGGGCUCCGUCGAGAACCUGGCCACCAGCGCCGCCUACAGGAGCGCGCCGCGGCUGUGUCUGCGCAAGCACUGGCUGCGGCGGCCGGGCGCGGUCUGCUGGUGCCCGUGGGCGGCGGCGCGCCACCUGCUGUACGUGGCGGCGCGCGACGGAGAGCUGCUGGCCGUGGACGCCGCCACGGGACGCCUCGCCUCCAGACUCACCGUCGACGGCCUGCUCUGCCCCGCCGGCGUCGCCUUCUCCGGCGACAGGUGCUACGUCACAGAUAAGUACGCCCACUGCGUGCACGAGCUGGACGCGGAGGGCCGGGUGGUGGCGUCGCUGGGCAGGAAGGGCGGCGCGCCGGGCCAGUUCCGCAGCCCCGAAGGGCUCGCCGUCUCCGCUGACGAGGCGGGCACCCUGCUCUACGUCUGCGACACCGGCAACGACCGCCUGCAGGUGCUGCGGCCAGACGGGACGGUGGUGCGCGUGUUGGGCGUCAGACAGUUGGAGGACCAGCCCGGCGUGCUGCAGACGGAGUUCGACCAGCCGACCGGCGUGGCGGCGUCGCGGGACAGGGUCGCCGUCGCAGACAGCGGCAACAACAGAGUCAAGGUGUACAACACGGAGGGUGAGAAGAUACUGGAGCUGUCCGGUGAGAACGGCCCGUUCAACUGCCCCGAGUGCGUGGCCAUCGACCGUAGCGGCAGGAUCAUCGUGGGCGACAGCGGCAACCAGCGCGUGCAGACUAAGGGAGGCGGCGCCGUGUGCCGGCAGGUGUUCAGCGAGGACGGGCGGCUGGUGUGCUCGCUCGGGGGCCGCAGCUCGGGCAUCGGCUGGGUGUCCGGCGUGGCCGCCAGCGGCGCCGGGGAGCUGGCCCUCGCCGACGGCUCGGCGCACGCCCUCUACGUCUUCUGA